UUAUUAAAAAAUUGAAGAUACAUACAACCAAAAGUUCUGAACCAAUUCGAGACUGGAGAAAGAUUUUUAAAUGAGUAUUUGCGAGUUCUAAAAAUUCAUAAAACAAUUCAGCUUUUGUCACAAUCCCGACAAAAUUAUUGAAAUAAACCGGUAAAAAAAUUAAAUAUUGCCAUAGUCUUGUACACAGAACAUGGUCAAUCUUAAGAGUAUGUCCUGUGGUCUUGUAUUAAUGUUCUUUGGUGACAACUUGAAUCACAGAACAUACUGUGACUUGAAUGGUUAACUUCAUGAUUAGUUGUCCUGUGUUCUUGUUUAUUAAGGAACGUAAUGUAUUGCUAUAUAUUAUGAUUGACAUCGAAAGUUACUUCACAUUUAAUCAAAAUUGCAAACAAUGAAUGGCUGUUAAUUAUUUGAAUAUAAGAAAUAGAAAAUAAUAUGGAAAUCGAUGAGAAAAUAUUGAGUUCGACAGAGAAUGAAUUAGUUUGUAUAAAACAGGAAAAAAGGGAUUAUCUUGAAUCGGAAAUAGAUCAUACCAGUUUUAAAGAAGAUAUCAAUAUUUUCAAUGAGAAUGUGGAAGACUUUGAUGAAAAACCAGUUCCACGUAUAUCAAGUGCGUUGAUCGAAAAUAUACAUAAUUUAAAACAAGAAAAAAACGAUGAUUUAAAUAGUGAUUUUAUGUAUGAAUAUAAUGCCCAGGUUAAAGCAGAGUGUAAUUACUUAGAUGAAAAAUACCCAAGGAAUAAAAACAAAUGGAAAUAUUUAUCUAGUAAAUACAGGAGGCCGAUUAAAGUGAGAGGAAAAUUUUUCCAUAGAAAAUAUUGGAGAAACCAUGAUCAAUUUAGUGGGAUUAUUAUCUGUCAAUUAUGUGGAAAUAUGUAUGUGAAAAUGAAAGAAUAUCGUCUACAUAUUUCAACAAAACAUUUUUUGAAAAAGAAAAACGUUGAUAAAACACAAUUAAUAUCGACUGUUUUGAUUAAAAAUGAAAUCAAAACGGUCUCCGAUUUUGAUAAUGACCCAAUUAAAUGUAAUAUUUGUUCUAAAUCUUCAUCAUUAUCAAAUAAUUUGUGUCAACACACUGAGAAAAAUUCUUUCAAACCAGACAUUUGUUCUAAAUAUUUUCCAAGUAAAUAUAAUUUAAAAAAGCAUAAACGAAGUAACACAAGCGAUAAACCGUAUAAAUGUGACAUUUGUUUGAAAGCCUUCAAAUUAAAAUAUUCCCUAAAUGCACAUUCGCUGCGUCACACUGGCGAGAAACCGUUUAAAUGCGAUAUCUGUUCAAAAUCCUAUGUACAUAAAGUAUCAUUAAUAUAUCAUGUAGGUACUCACAGAAGUGAAAGACCUUUCAAAUGUGAAAUUUGCUUAAAAUCUUUUACUCAAAAACAGUGUUUCAUUCAUCACUUAAGAACACACACAGGGGAGAGACCUUUCAAAUGUGAAAUUUGUUCAAAAUCUUAUACCCAAAGACAGUGUUUCAUUCAUCACUUACGUACACACACAGGGGAAAGACCUUUCAAAUGUGACAUUUGUUCAAAAUCUUAUCCAUACAGAGGAUCAUUAUUAUAUCAUUUACGUACACAUGAGAAGAGACCUUUCAAAUGUGAAAUUUGUCCGGAAUCUUUUAGAACGAUAUCUAACCUAAACAGUCAUUUGGUUUCGCAUAGCGAAAACAAGAACUUUAAAUGCGAGAUUUGCUUGCAAGAUUUUUCAAAGAAACGCUCCCCGAGUAGCUAUUUGCGCUUUCACAUCUGUGGAAAAACUUAUUAAAUGUGGACGUGUCACCAGGUAUAUUGAGGAGGAUUAAGUUAAUUGCAUACUGUUAGGGCAUUAAGAAUUGGAUCAAGCAUCGGACAGUCAGGGGUCGAAGGAUUAUUGUUUUACAGAGGAAAUUGUUCUGAGAAAGAGUUGAGGAAUCAAAUCCGAACGAUGAGAUGUAAUAACGUCAAAACAGUCAGUAGUUAUAACCUCUCCUUGCAAUUGCGAACCAUUGGGAUGUUGAUAUCGACAAAAAGAUCGAUUGACAUCACGCUCUUCAGAGGAGUUGUAAUUUAAAAUUAGUCGAGGCAUUAGCCAGGGAAGUAAUUGUUUUCUCCUUUGAGGAACGGCAGAAUAUAUUUUUGAAAUAUUGAAUUUCGAAAUUAUUUCAUAAGUGAAUAGGAGAAAUCUUUUUACAUUAACACAUGUUCAAAUUAUUAUUCAAGUUUCUAUAUCUGUUAAAAAUUGAUAGUUUCACUAAAUUUGUGCCGUUUAUUCUUUUUAUGAUUAUUAAAAAGACUUUGUCAAUUCAUAAUAUUUUUAUCAAUUUAUACUAAAAUAUAAUUAUUAUUUUAUUCUUUUUAAUCCAAUGUUGAGAAAUAAAAUGUUAAUUAC